AUGUCAUCAGCAUUCCGUGCAUUUCUGAAUUCUCCUACAGGCCCUCGUACGGUGCAUUUCUGGGCCCCUAUGAUGAAAUGGGGUUUGGUUAUGGCCGGUGCGGGAGAAAUGGUCCGUCCUGUCGAGAAAGUUUCCGCUACCCAGCAAUUGUCUCUUUUUGCUACUGGUGUUAUUUGGACUAGAUGGGCUUGUAUUAUUAAGCCUAAGAACUACUUGUUGGCUUCUGUCAACUUCUUUUUGGGAGGUGUUGCAAGUGCCCAGAUAAUUAGAAUAUAUUCGUGGAGAAGGUCUCUUGGAGAGACUCCUAACCAGAUUUUCAAGUAUAUGUUUGAUUUGAAGGAUAAGCCUAAGGUUAAGCAGCCUGCUGCAGAGGUUGCUGCCGAGGCAGAGACUCACCCAAAGGUUUGA